AUGGAGCGCGCGGAUCGGGCUCUGCUCCCCCGUCCGCGCCCCCGUCGGGGUCGCGCGCUCUUUUCCGCCCUCUCGCUCGCGUCUCUCCGCGCAUCUCCCCCCGUCUCUCUCGCAAAACUCAGCUCCGGCCGCACCGCCGCCCGGCGCUGCUCGCGGCCGGCACCCACGGGGCGCUCCCCGGACCGGGGCCGGCACCGGCACCUCGCGCGGUUGGAAGGACACCUGAAGGCUGGCGGAGCCACGCGGCCGUCACACAGCUGGAUACGGUCAAGAACGCCCUCCCCGGCAAGGCGGGAGGGGCGACACCUCGCCUGCGACAGGAAGCGCCUCGGAAGAGGAGACCGCCCUGCCCGAGCACCGGACCCCCCGCCGUGGCUUCCCCAUGACAGAGAAGCCCCGGAAGAAAGCCGGCCCGCCGGGGGCCCUCUCCGACGCCACCCGAAAAGCCUCAUCGAUCGCCACAGGGGCCCCACGGCCACGGUCCUGGGACAACACACCGGGAGCGCGGGGGGGGGGGGGGGGUGCCGCCACCCACCCGGCAACCGAAGGCUCCCUUUCAAGCUAGGCAACGGCAGGACCGGACCGCCGGGCCGGGAACGGGCUUCUCGGCCCCCUUUCGGCCGGGGAACCCCGUCCGAGCGUGCGAGAAAAGUGCCACCGACCGGGCCACGGGCCACCGGCUUGCGCCCGCCUCGCGGCAGUCGGCUUCCCCUCCCCAACCCCCGCGUCGCCUCCGCUGGGGGCCCGCGCACCUUCGUCGCGCGCGCGGCUUCUGGGUGCCGCGGCUUAGGGCCGCGAGAAAAAAAAUUAAAAAUCCGCGGAGGCCGGGUGGGCGCACCCCCACACGCUCUGACCGCACACCGGCACGCCUACGGAGGAAAAAAACCCGCGGACCCGGGGUGGCAACCCAGCCCGCCCGGCAUAAGCGGCUCGGUCGAUCCGUCCACGACCGAGGUGGGCGAGGCGCCGCCGCCUCGCCCGGGACACCUUCCGGAGGGCUCCCUGUCGGGUUCCGGGCCGGGGAAGGGGGAACGGCCCCACAACAACGCGGGGCCGGGGCCGGGGCGCCGCCGCCCCGGCUCCGCGGCUGACGGGGCGACCGCCGUCACCGAGCCCCUCCUCGAGCCAGGUGGCGGGCCGAGGCCAGGCCGCGCGCCCCACAGGACGUCCCCGCCGCCCUUCCGACACACCCCGGACACGCUGGCCAACAGGUCGGGAGCGGGGAACGGGACGCCGCCACCUCGGCCCACCGGGCGGCCCUCGGGGCUCUCGGGCGAGGCCCGGGGAAAAGGCCCGGACGCAUCCAGCCCCGGCUGCCGGCCGCCGAGGCGGACCGACAGCCCAAAAAGUCAAAAAUCGCGCCCGCCGGAGCGGGCCCCAGCUUAG